AUGCAGCUGAACCGACCAAAGAGCGCUUUAAUCAGCUUUACCCCACCGCUGUCGCCCUCAGAGACACCAAAUUCAUUCUCUAGCCAGUUCAAAACAAUGCGGUUCUCUUAUCACAUCAGCAGCGGUCUACCGAGUCCUCACCCGCCCCUGCGAAGAAUAGGCUCUUCCUCCUCUAGUCCCAGGCUCUUGACCAAGAGCCUGUCCCUGGAGCCUGGCCCCUGCCUCGGGGGCCACGAGACACCUCAGCGCCUGUGCUCUGAUCCCGGGCCCCUCGGACCCCGCCACUGCAACGGGACCAAUGAAAAUGGACCACCAGAACUGCCCACCCCUCCCCCCAAAACAAGGCCUCCCCUGCCUGGGCCCAAACCACAAGUGCCCCCAAAGCCACCGCACCUACAGAGUGGGCGUCGGCCACGGGCGCCCGAUAAGCCCCUCCCCCCGCCCCCGUCUCGGCCGCUCCCUGCGGACCCCCGCUGCCCUCGAGCCCCCCUCCCCCUCGCAGAGGGGAGCGCCUCUCCCAGCUGCGUGCUCUCGCUCAUCGAGAAAUUUGAGAGAGAGCAGAUCAUCGUCGUGCCGGAUAUCACCGGGGGGGCCCUGUGUGUCCCCAGAGUCCCAGAGCCACAGUCUGGAGCAGGAGUCCAGACCCCCCCGUCAUCAGAGCCCCCUGCCCCCAGCCCUGAGCCCCAGGAGGCCCCAGAAGCCUCCGUGGGCCUGGCGGAAAGGGAGGAGGAGGAUAAAGAGGGGGAGGGAGAGAGGGAGGAGAGAGAAGAGGAGAGAGAGCUGGGGGCCGCGUGUGCAGAGAGGCGGCUGUCGCUCGAGUCGGGCUACAGCGCCUCCGACAAACUGCUGGACUCCCUGGAGAUAAGGGACCUUUUGGCCAGCCAAUCGGAUGUCCCCUUGGACCGCCUGUCCCUCCCCCCACCCCAGACGGAUGGGAAGCUGGCCAAUCGGGACAGCGGGAUCGACAGCAUCAGCUCCCCCUCCCACAGUGAGGAGCUGUGCUUCGCCGGGGAGGAGGAGAGGGCGGGGCACGAAAGGGGGGUCUGCCCCUGUAGCCCCGCCCUGACCCUCCCACGCCUCUCCUCCUCCUCCUCCUACGGGGGCCCGGAGGGACAGGGGGGCGAGGGGGCCUCCGCAGAGGGGACGCGGGACUCGGAGGGGGACAGUGACAUGGAGGAGGGGAGCGGGGAUGAGAGUGAGCUCACCCCCACCGCUCUGCAGCCCCUCGUGCUCCCAAAAGCCGAGAGGCAGGACUCCUGCGAGCUCUCCGUCCAGCAGCGGGUGUUCAACAUCGCUAACGAGCUGCUGCACACGGAGAAGGCGUACGUGUCACGGCUGCACCUCCUGGACCAGGUGUUCUGCUCCCAGCUGAUGGAGGAGGCGCGGUCCCGGGGCUCCUUCCCCUGCGAGGUGGUGAUGGGCGUCUUCUCCAACAUCUGCUCCAUCUACUGCUUCCACCAGCAGUUCCUCCUGCCCGCGCUGGAGAAACGCAUGGAGGAGUGGGAUUCGAACCCUCGUAUCGGGGAUAUCCUUCAGAAACUGGCCCCAUUCCUGAAGAUGUAUGGGGAAUAUGUGAAGAACUUCGACCGAGCCAUGGAGUUGGUCAACACGUGGAUGGAGCGGUCCUCCCAGUUCAAAGCUAUUAUCCACGGCAUACAGAGGGAGCCGAUGUGUGGGAACCUGACCCUGCAGCACCACAUGCUGGAGCCCGUGCAGAGGAUCCCGCGCUACGAGCUGCUGCUGAAGGACUACCUGCACAGACUGCCGCAGGACGCCGACGACUCCAAGGACGCGCAGAAAUCCCUGGAGUUGAUAGCGACAGCUGCCGAGCACUCCAACGCGGCGAUCAGAAAGAUGGAGAGAAUGCACAAGCUGCUGAAAGUGUACGAGCUGUUAGGGGGAGAAGAGGACAUCGUUAACCCCACAAAUGAACUCAUCAAGGAGGGACACAUUCUCAAGCUGUCAGCCAAAAACGGCACAUCGCAGGACCGGUAUCUCAUACUGUUCAACGACAGGCUACUGUACUGUGUCCCCAAACUGCGGCUGAUGGGACAGAAAUUUGGAGUCAGGGCCAGGAUUGAUGUGGACGGAAUGGAGCUGAAAGAGACCAGUAGUGUGAAUGUGCCGCGGACGUUCUUGGUGUCGGGAAAACAACGCUCCCUGGAGCUCCAGGCCAGGACUGAAGAGGAGAAGAAAGACUGGAUCCAGGCGAUCCAGGCCACCAUUCAGAGACAUGAGCAGACUCUGGAGACAUUCAGGCUGCUGAACUGCUCCUUCCGUGAGGAGGACUACACUCCUCCCAACUCCCCUAACUGUACAGAGUUGGGGAAGCGUGCCCCCACCCCGAUCCGGGAGAAAGAGGUCACCCUGUGUAUGAAAUGUCAGGAGCCUUUCAACUCCAUCACCAAGAGGCGCCAUCACUGCAAGGCCUGUGGGCAUGUGGUGUGUGGAAAAUGCUCCGAGUUCCGGGCCCGGCUGCUGUACGACAACAACCGGGCGAACCGCGUGUGUGUGGACUGCUACACCACCCUGCACGGGGUGCCCCCCUCCCCCGCAAGCCUCCCCAGCACCGCACAACGGCGCCGCUCCAUCCUGGAGAAACAAGCCUCGGUAGCAGCAGAGAACAGCGUCCUCUGUAGCUUUCUGCACCACAUGGAGAAGGGAGGGGGCCGCGGGUGGCAGAAGGCCUGGUUUGUGAUCCCGGAGAACGAGCCCUUGGUCCUCUACAUCUAUGGAGCGCCUCAGGACGUGAAGGCCCAGCGCAGCGUCCCUCUGAUCGGGUUUGAGGUGUCCCUUCCUGAACAGAGCGACAGGCUGGAGCGCCGCAACGCCUUCAAGAUCAGCCAGAGUCACCUGACCCUGUUCUUCAGCGCCGAGGGGGAGGAGCUCCAGCGCCGCUGGAUGGAGGUCCUGUCCAGGGCGGGCCGAGGGGAGGAGCUACAGGCUCACUCCUCCAUUUCAGAAUCUGUAGAAGAAGAGGCGGAGGAGUCUGUACUUUCAGAUGAAAACACGUGAUUACACAAUGGGUGUGAGCGGUGGCAACUAUUGCAAAUACACACACAGACGCAGACACAUUACACACACACAAGUUUAUAACAAGUGUCAGUGGUCAGUUGCAUGAAAUACAUGUUCGGUUUCUUAUUGUAUUAUUACUCUUGUGAGAUUGACGGGUGUUUGCAAAGAAAAUCUGCCAAAAAUGU